GCGUUCAGCUCGGAGAGCUUAGCUCCAGCUUCCAUCCGCUACGCUACGACCUAUACCGGGGACUAUUUCGUCAUAAGCGUCGAGCAGACGACGCCCCGCCAAAAGCCCGCCCAUUGCCCGGACUUUUCUCCAGCACAAUGGCGGGCAAUCAGGAACAGCCGCAGUCGGUGCGCUUCAGUGACGUCCACCAAGAGAUCGAACCCGAGAAGGCCUUGGAACCAAUUACAUCCAUCUCAGGCAGCGGCGAGCAGCUCAAUGAGGAGCUGUCUCCAGAGGCCGAGCAAGAGCUCCGCAACCUGUCCAAGACGCUGCAACAGUCACGAUGCCAGGCCCGUCGCAUGGCCAACUUCGCCUACGAGCCCGUCUCUCUCCCACCGUCCCGAGCGGCAUCGCCUUCACCCGCAUCUCGCACUCCUUCUGGCCAUUCCGCUCACCGCGGUUCCACUGGUCCUCGCCCGUCUCCGCCAGUGUCUGCAAUGCAUUCACCACCGCUGACCCCAGCAGGCACCUCAUCUCAAGAUGGGAAACCUGCCGUUUCAGCCGACCGUAGAAGGGACCCCGCCAUGAUGACACCUCAAGUUUCGCCGCCUCAACAUGAGCCUCCCCCAACAUCGAUGGAUUCCGUGCAUGGAGGACAGAGGAGACCUCAGUCGCUCGUGGUUCCCCGUGAGCCGAGAGAACCUACAAUCCGACCUACAUCUGUAGUAGAAUUACCGAGUGUUCCGGGGCCUAGGAAGUCUUCUGCCUCUGCACUGGGUCCAACAGGUGACUCGUUGCCUGCGUCAAGGGAUGUCAGCCCGUCCGGUUCAGCCGGAGGCCCCGGUUCAGGACAACAUUCGCCUGGAACGUCCACCCCCAGCAGUAGGCCAUUCACGCCGCAAGGCGACAAGGACGACCCAUAUUCACGCUCGAAACGCCUCCCACCGGCUCACGAUGCUCGUUUUGUUUUUGCGCCUAGCGGCCGGAGGACACCGAAAGAAUCAUCCCCAUCGUCCUCUACCACAGCGCUACCAAGAUCGAAAGGAAGCGGUUCUGACAGAGACGAGAACAAACGAUCGAGUUUCUUCGGCGCACCCAAGCAUCAUGAGCGCCAGGGUUCGGGUGCAGAGGACAGUGACAGUCGAUCGGUCCUGGGCAAGCAGCAUCACGAGGGCUCCAUGUCAAACUUGAAGCGCUUUUUCAAGCUGGGUGGGCAUAAGCACAAGGACAAGGACAAGGAGAAAAAACAGAAGCGUCCACAGUCACCAGCACCAUCGCUCCGGGAAAAGGCCAUGAAGUCGAAGAAGACUGGAAUGAUGACACCGCCAAUCACAAACGGAUCGGUGUCAGUGCCAUUUGCCGAUGAUCACGGGCUCGAGAACAAGUACGGCAAGUUUGGGAAAGUGCUUGGCUCUGGUGCCGGUGGAUCAGUGCGCUUGAUGAAGCGCAGCAGUGACGGUGUGACGUUUGCCGUGAAACAGUUCAGAGCAAGGCAUUCAUAUGAGUCAGAAAGAGACUACAACAAGAAGGUAACUGCAGAGUUUUGUAUUGGAUCAACCCUCCACCAUGGCAACAUCAUCGAGACUAUGGAUCUCGUUAACGAGAAAGGAAACUACUACGUUGUCAUGGAAUACGCACCAUUCGAUCUUUUCGCAAUUGUCAUGACUGGCAAGAUGAGUCGCGAAGAGGUCAGCUGUUGUACUUUACAGAUCUUAAACGGAGUAUCAUACCUCCAUGGUAUGGGCCUCGCACACAGAGACCUGAAGCUGGACAACGUGGUUGUAAACGAGCACGGCAUCAUGAAGAUCAUUGAUUUUGGCAGUGCUGCAGUGUUCCGGUAUCCAUUCGAAAACGACAUCGUACUCGCAAGCGGAAUUGUUGGCUCGGAUCCGUACCUGGCACCUGAGGUCUACGAUUUAUCCAAGUACGAUCCUCAGCCGACGGACGUAUGGUCGCUUGCAAUCAUUUUCUGCUGCAUGACAUUGCGCCGCUUCCCGUGGAAAGCUCCUCGCGUGUCGGACAAUUCAUAUAAGCUCUUUAUAUCCCCUGCCAAUGACGGACCGAAGUCAAUCACCGCCCCAUCUCAAUCAUCAUCCGAUCUGAAUUCUGGCACAAACGACGAGGCCCGCAGGUCAGGCAUCCAGUCGGAGCCUGCGUCUCGCGCACCUUCUGGCCAAUCCAGCGGACACCAUCAUCAUCACCACCGCAAGGAUGGUGGUCAUUCUGAUCCCGUCACAAACGAAAAUCGCCCUGGAUCGGCGAGUGGCCAAGGCGGUCAACCCCAGCAACCGCAGAUCAUCAAGGGUCCAUGGCGACUACUCCGUUUGCUUCCGCGAGAAAGCAGGCAUAUCAUUGGCAGAAUGCUGGAGGUCGACCCGAAGAAGCGCGCCACGCUUGAGGAGAUCCUGGAGGAUAAGUGGGUGAAGAAUAGCCAAGUGUGUGCGCAGGAGGAAGGCGGAAGGGUGCUUCGGGCAGAAAACCAUCAACAUACUCUUGAACCUGGUUCUGGGUCAGGCUCCGCCCCUGCCACCCAACAAAAGAAAUAAACCCACGAUCGCUUGCUUUAUGUUCAAGCAUAAGUUGAUCAGAUCUCCACGUCGGAUGGAGAGGCCGGAGUGUGGUGGCGAGGAGACCUGGCCAGUGGCCCCUCGACCUUAGAUAACCUAUGCAGGAUCCGGUUGAGGCGAGCCCAAGCAGAGCGUUCUUGAUAUGAUGUCCAUAUGGAACGAUGUCAUGUUGGCGUUGGGGAUAAAGAGUAUGGGUUUGGGCAUUGCACGCUGGCUAUUUGAUUUGAGCAUGUGGCUUUUGCAUGACUCUCCGAUUGUUUAGAUUGCGAUACUCACGGGUG